CUGAGACUUCUUUCCUAUAUAUAAUACAAAAAAAAGAAAACAUUCAUCACAGCUUUCCAAAGUCCAAAAGCACAGUUUCGUACAAGAAACCAACCUUGCAUCUUGCAAUUGAUCCAAAAAUGGAGAAUAUACUGGGUCUUCUGAGAAUUCAUGUGAAGAGAGGUGUGAAUCUCGCCAUUAGAGAUACCUCAAGCAGCGAUCCUUACAUCGUCUUUUACUCAGGAAAACAGAAGCUUAAAACCCGUGUAAUCAAACAUAGUAUAAACCCCGAAUGGAACGACGAGCUUACUCUUUCCGUUACAGAUCCAAAUCUCAGUGUUAAACUUACGGUUUACGACAAGGACUUGUUCUCAGCGGAUGACAAGAUGGGAGAAGCAGAGUUUAGCAUUGCUCCAUAUCUUGAAGCCAUUAAACUACGCCAUAAGCUUGAAGGACAACUUCCCAACGGAACCAUAAUAAUGAAGGUACAACCGACCAGACAAAACUGUUUGUCUGAAGAGAGCCAUAUUUUGUUGAACCAAGACAAGCUUGUGCAGAAUAUGUUCCUUAGACUCCAGCACGUGGAGUGUGGAGAGGUCGAGCUACAGCUCGAGUGGAUUGAUGUUCCCGGUUCAAAGGGUUUUUAAGUCUAUCCGAUCCGAUCCUUAGUCCCUUAUGCAUACAUGGUUUAGAAAUUAGAACUACGGCGUUGUUCGAAACUGGUCAGUGAAAGGAUCUCAAACUGGUUAUGUAAUGAACUCUUUUGUGUUUUCUGUUCUAAUUUGAGUCCAAGAGCGUGCAAGUCCAUGAGGAA